UUUGAGCUUGUUCGGGGGAAUAAAUGCAGCAACCCAAUUUCAAUUGUGACCACUUCGCAAAUUUUGUUAUUCUCGCUGAGCUUUCUGCGACUAGCCACUCUCCCACUCGGCUUCACCCUCACCCUCACCCUCAUAUCAGGCUUCUGGCUGCUAACGAAAUCAGGCUCUCUCUCGGUGUCUCCUACCGUUUCGGAGGCUAUUUGCUUGCUCAAAAGUUGCAUGAACUUUUUCCUGAGGUUUUGGGUAAUUGGAUAUUUGGGUUAAUCGUGCAGCUAUUUGGAUUAAACCAGCAAAUCAUGUAUGUUCAAGGUGAAAAUCAAGACAUUGAAACAAUAGAGAUGCCAUUGUCACCCCAUAGUACCUCUGACCCUAAACGUAAAACAACUUCUUCAGUUUGGGAAGGUGAUAUUCUAAAAGCUGAUUGUAAACAUUGUUUUAAGGAGUUAGUUGAGGCUAGUAAACAUGGGACUAGCCAUAUGAAAGAACAUAAAAAAACAUGUCUUGAGAGAGUGUGCCUAGAUGCAGGUAAGCAAUUGUUUUUUGAAGAAAGGUUAAAUUUGUGUUGAAUAUUGGAAAAUUACAUAAGUAGAGCAAAAGAAGACCGCGACCUACAAGUUAGGUGCUCAGAGAGCAUACUAGAGGGAAGAAGUAGAAGAAAAGAAAAAAUAAUCGAGGGAGAAAAUGAGGACAAUUUAAAUAGAACAAAAAGCAAUAAAACGAUAAAACACUGUUGGUAGACUGUCGGAUAUCCUCAGCGGGGUUUUGGUCGAUGAGAAAGCAGAUAACCACUGUGGAUCUGUUGCACUUUCUGCUACGAGCACUGGUACUUCAGUAGGCAGGCUGACUUUGUUAGCGGCCAGAGUAGCACUGUGGGCUGGUUGCAUGCUGGUACCUCAAGAGACGAGGUAAGUUUGGAAGUAGCUAGCUCCGCUGAGGGGUCAAGCCUUGUAUGGCCGCCAACAGUGGGUCAGCAGAGGUAUAAGUGACCCUCCGGCGAGGGCUUUCUAUUACAACCCCAACUUCAGAAGAUAAAAACUUGGGCAGGACUAUAUUCUAUAGGCACUGCUACUACUAGAGGUUGGCUGAUUAUGGAAAAGACUGUAGUGGCCUUCCCUGAGGAGAGAAAGCUUCCGUGAAGGAAUUGGCAGCCAAGGAAUAGUUGCUGCUAAGCAGAGGGUCUUCAGUGGAGAGGCGAGAGGGUCUUCAAGAAAUUAAGGCUUGGGCAGUUUUGUCUUCGAUGGGUACUGCAUCUUCAAAAGGUUAGCUCCAAAGGCUUGCUGCUCUUUGGUGGGUGGACCAAAGGGGAAGUUGUAAAGAUGAUGGGAUUGAAGAUUU